UCUCUGCUCAUCUCCCCCAAUGGGGAACUUGGGGCAGCUCACAAAGUAUACAAUUCUAAUACAUCUUAACAGUGACUAACAAUUCUUACAAUUACAAAUCUACCAUGAUAUAUAUUACACUAUGAAUAAAGGGACAUUUUGUCAUGUUUGGUGGACAUGUAAAAAAGCCAAAGAAUUUUAUACACAGAUAAAUAUACAAAUUCAGAACAUGUUAAAGACUAAUGUACAAUUGAAACCAGGGGCUUUUCUUUUGGGAUUAAUUAAUUGGACAGACAGUAAGAAAAAAGCCAUGGGAAGCCAAACCAAAAGGAAGGGGAGAUCAAUCCCACCCCUCCCAAAAGCUAAAGGUCCCUAAACCUUUAACAUACAGGAGGAAGAGAUAGAACAGGCUUUAGUACAUCCACAAAGAAGGAAAGGCCACACCUAUCAAGAGAAGAGAAAACAUAAAGAAGGAACUCCUGAUCAGAAUGAAAAGAGGAAACAAAAAGAGGCAACGAAGCAUUUCACAAAAAUGGCAGGCAUAUACCAGAAAUAACAGCCAUGUACAGAGCAGAAUCCCCGAGUUCUUUCACUUUGACUUGGGUUGGGGAAGUACAGGUGGAGAGGCAAAAGGUAAGGCAAGUGAGCUAAGACGGUUAAGGUCAUCAGAAAGUGGAUCUCAAACCAGGUGGUUCUUUCAGGUGCAGGAGCUGUUCGUGGGGGAUAUCCCAGCAGAGCUCCAGGGAAGAGAUCGAUCCACUCCGUCUCAAGAGCUGCUUUUCAGGAGGAUCCAACUCAGGCCACCUCACCAGGUGAAUGGCUCUGUUCCCUUUGAGGAGAUGGCUGUAGACUUCACAGAAGAGGAGUGGGCGCUGCUGGAUUCUGGCCAGAAGGCCUUGUGCAGGGAAGUCAUGCUGGAGGUUUCUAGGACUAUGGCCACUCUGGGUGAUGGUCCAGAGAAUGACAAUGACAAUCAGGUGAGGUUAAUGCCACUGCAAAGAGUGAAGCAUGAAUUCGAAGAAGUGCUGUUUGCCCAUCAAGGGGAUCCAAAAAGGCAAAAGGAAAGCCAAUCAGAAGACGGAGGGGAGAAGUCCUCCACUUCAUUCCCUGUUGAAAUCCAUGGCUCCCUGACCCAGCAAGAUCAGAAAGGGAAAAGAAGGGGAAAAUACGGCAAAAGAGAGAAAAAUGAAUGUGAUUUACAUGAAUAUGGCAGAAGCCAGACUAAAGGAAAACAGUAUGAUUCCAGACAGUAUGGAAAAAAUGUCAAUCAUUCCUUCUCUCUUAAUUUACCCAAGAAACUGUAUAGGAAACACAAACAAUAUACCUUUGUAAAAUUUGGGAGGGGGUUCAGUCUGACCAGUGUGAUGAAACUAUGUAUGAAGUGUGGAAAGAGCUUCAGUAGCAAGAGUAAUCUUAAUCACCAUCAGAAGAUCCACACAGGUGAGAAACCAUAUAGUUGCAUGCAGUGUGGAAAAAGCUUUAUUGACAGCAGAGACCUUAUUCGCCACAAAAGGAUCCACACAGGGGAGAGACCAUAUAAAUGCCUAGAAUGUGGAAAGAGCUUUAUUGACAGCAGAGAUCUUACUAGUCACCAAAGGAUCCACACAGGAGAGAGACCAUAUAAAUGCACAGUGUGUGGAAAGAGCUUUACUCAGAAAGGACAACUUAAUUCUCAUGAAAGGAUCCAUGCUGGGGAGAGACCAUAUAAAUGCAUGGAGUGUGGAAAUGGGUUUACUCAGAAAGGACAUCUUAAACGUCAUGAAAGAAUCCACACAGGGGAGAAACCAUAUAAAUGCAGAGAUUGUGGAAAGAGCUUUGCUGAAGAAGGACCACUUAAUUCUCAUAAAAGGAUACAUACAGGUGAGAAACCAUAUAAUUGUAUAGAGUGUGGAAAGAACUUUACUCGGAAAGAACAUCUUACUUACCAUGCAAGGAUCCACACCGGGGAGAAACCUUAUAAAUGCACAGUGUGUGGAAAGAGCUUCAGUUUCAAGAGUAAUCAUAAUCGCCAUCAGAGAAUCCACACAGGGGAGAAAACACAUAGUUGCAGGGAGUGUGGAAAGAGAUUCACUGAGAACAGAGACCUUACUUCCCAUCAAAGACUCCACACAGGGGAGAGACCAUAUAAAUGCCUUGCAUGUGGGAAGAGCUUUACUCAUAAAGGCACACUUAAUUGUCAUGAAAGGAUCCACACUGGGGAGAAACCUUAUAAAUGCAAAGAGUGUGGAAAGGGCUUCAUUAGAAAUUGUGAUCUGACUUGCCAUCAGAGGAUCCACACAGGGGAGAAACCAUAUAGUUGUAGUGAGUGUGGAAAGAGAUUUAUUGAGAAGAGAAACCUUACUUCACAUGAAAGGAUUCACACAGGGGAGAGACCAUAUAAAUGUACAGAGUGUGGAAAGAGCUUUAUUGACAGCACAGACCUUACUUGUCACCAAAGAAUCCACACAGGGGAUAAACCAUAUAAAUGCCUGGAGUGUGGAAAGAGUUUUACUCAGAAAGGACAACUUAAUUCUCAUAAAAGGAUCCACACAGGGGAGAAACCGUACAAAUGCACAGAGUGUGGAAAGAGCUUUAUUGACAGCACAGACCUUACUUGUCACCAAAGAAUCCACACAGGGGAUAAACCAUAUAAAUGCCUGGAGUGUGGAAAGAGUUUUACUCAGAAAGGACAACUUAAUUCUCAUAAAAGGAUCCACACAGGGGAGAAACCGUACAAAUGCACAGAGUGUGGAAAGGGCUUCAGUGCAAACCGUAAUCUGACUCACCAUCAGAGGAUCCACACAGGAGAGAGACCAUAUAAAUGCACAGAGUGUGGAAAGAGCUUUAUAGACAGCAGGGACCUUACUUGCCAUCAAUGGAUCCACACAGGUGAUAAACCAUAUAAAUGCCUGGAGUGUGGAAAGAGUUUUACUCAGAAAGGACAACUUAAUUCUCAUAAAAGGAUCCACACAGGGGAGAAACCGUACGAAUGCGCAGAGUGUGGAAAGGGCUUCCGCCCAAACUGUAAUCUUACUCGCCAUCAGAGGAUCCACACAGGGGAGAGGCCAUAUAAAUGCAUGGAGUGUGGAAAGAGCUUUAUAGACAGCAGGGACCUUACUUGCCAUCAAUGGAUCCACACAGGUGAUAAACCAUAUAAAUGCCUGGAGUGUGGAAAGAGUUUUACUCAGAAAGGACAACUUAAUUCUCAUAAAAGGAUCCACACAGGGGAGAAACCGUACAAAUGCGCAGAGUGUGGAAAGGGCUUCAGCACAAACUGUAAUCUGACUCGCCAUCAGAGGAUCCACACAGGGGAGAGGCCGUAUAAAUGCAUGGAGUGUGGAAAGAGCUUUAUUGACGGUAGAGACCUUACUUGCCACCAAAGGAUCCAUACAGGUGAUAAACCGUAUAAAUGUCUAGAGUGUGGAAAGAGCUUUACCCAGAAAGGACAACUUAAUUCUCAUAAAAGGAUCCACACAGGGGAGAGACCAUAUAAAUGCCUGGAGUGUGGAAAGAGCUUUUUUGACAAGAGAGGCGUUACUCGCCACCAAAGAAUCCACACAGGGGAGAGUCCAUAUAAAUGUAUUGAGUGUGAAGAAAGCUUUAAUGACUACAGCACCUUUACUCAUCAUAUAGGGAUCCACAAAGGAGAAAAAUAUAAAUGCAUGGAAUGUGGAACAAGCUUCAGUGAGAAUAGUGCGCUUAGUUGUCAUAAAAGGAUGCACGCGGGAGAAAACCUAUAAAUCCAUGGAACGAGCUUCAUUCCAAACAGUCAACUUAUUCAUGAUCCAAGGAUCCACACACACGGGAAAGCUUAUCAUUGCAUGGAAGAAAGCUAGAAUCUUAUUCAGCAUCCAAGCAUCUACGCAGGAGAAAAGCUAUAAAUGUUUGAAUGUGGAAAGAGCUGAAGGCGGAUCAGUGACUUUACUUGUCAUAGGAUGACCCAUACAAGAGAGUUACCAUAGAAACCUACGGGUGAGUCAGUGGAAGUGCACCGCUGUCGAACUCCUCUUAUACUUUCUGCAUGUAUCCCGGAUACUGGGAACAUACCAUCUCAUUAGGCUUGAUUGCUGGGUCAGACAGAAACUUUAUUUUGGUCAUUAACCAAUAAAAAUACAUUCUACAAAACAAAAAAAGCAAAAUUAUCCCCUA